AUGGGCGUCAAGGAAUUCUUCAAACGCAGGAGCCUGCGAGCGAAGAACGAUGUGCGCACCAACGCCGCUGAGAUGACUCUUCGGGAGUCUCUCUUUCCCAUCGUUCUCGUAACAACUCUAUUCUUCCUCUGGGGCUUCUCUUACAGUCUUCUUGAUAUCCUCAACAAGCAUUUCCAAAACGUUCUUCACAUCAAUCGUGCCAGGUCUGCCGGCCUUCAAGCUGCCUACUUCGGUGCUUACCCGCUAGCCUCGCUUGGCCACGCUGCUUGGAUCCUCAGGCACUGGGGUUACAAAGCCACAUUCGUCUGGGGCCUCUUCCUGUACGGUCUAGGAUCUAUCAUCGCCAUCCCAUGCAUCAUCAAUGAGUCGUUCGGUGGUUUCUGCGCUGCCAUCUUCAUCAUCGGCAACGGUCUCGGUUCCCUCGAGACCGCCGCGAACCCUUACAUCGCCGUAUGUGGUCCUCCAAGGUACUCCGAGGUCCGGUUGAACGUUUCUCAGGCCUUUAACGGCAUUGGCACUGUUGUCUCGCCUCUCAUCGGUGCCAGGGUCUUCUUCGGCUUUGACGACGAGAAAGCCCUCGAAAACGUCCAAUGGGUCUACCUUGCUAUUGCUGCCUUCGUCUGGGGUCUUGCUAUCGUCUUCUGGCUCGCGCAUAUCCCAGAAGUCACCGAUGCCGACAUGGCGUACCAGGCCCAGGAAACUCACGCCGGAUUCGACGAAAAGCCUUUCAUCAAGCAAUACCGCCUCUUCCACGCCGCUUUCGCACAAUUUUGCUACACGGGAGCACAAGUGGCUAUAGCCUCUUUCUUUAUAAACUAUGUCCGAGAGACAGGCGCUGCCUCAACAGACUCCCGAGCAUCGAACUUGUUCGCCGGCGCCCAGGGUACCUUCGCGGCGGGCCGAUUCAUUGGUGCCGGUAUCAUGCACUUUGUGAAGCCCCGUAAGGUGUUUCUGGUGUUCCUCUCGUGCUGCUCUAUUUUCCUCGUUCCUGCUGCCAUCAAGACUGGCACCCCUGGCAUGGCCAUGCUUUAUCUUGUUUUGUUCUUCGAGUCGAUUUGCUUCCCGACCAUCGUGGCUCUCGGCAUGCGGGGUCUCGGACGCCACAGCAAGCGGGGUUCCGGAUUUAUCGUGGCUGGUGUGUCGGGUGGCGCCUGCGUGCCACCGCUCAUGGGCGCCGUCGCCGAUAUGCACGGUAAAGGCGGCAACAACAUGGGCGUCGCCAUGACCGUGCCUCUCGCCUUUAUGGUUGCCGCGACAUCCUAUGCCGUUGCCGUCAACUUUGUGCCGCGCUACCGCAAUGUCGCCGACGCCUUCACAGCUACCGAGGUUGGCGUGCACAACACGUCUGUCGACGAGGAGAAGGUUCGCGCUCAAUCGAUCGAGGAGACACAGGUGCGCAAUGCCGCCCCUACUCUGUCGUAG